AUGGCUGAACCGCAAGAGCUGACCUCGGCGACGCUGGUGUCGACUGCCAUCACCAUCACCUACUCGCCUACGGCGGACCAGCUGAGCACGGCGCAACUGUUGGACUUUGCCCCCCAGCUUCUCAGCAAGUCGUCGGACACUCCGUCAGACACUACUCCUCUGCAAGAGUCGACUACUGACGACACUCCCGUGGUGCUGUCGCCGACGUCGAUGGAGAUCGUCGAUACUACGCUGGAUGUCCCCACUUCACUGCCGUCGUCGGUGUCGACCGUGCCUUCCCUGGAGGCGACGACUGAUGAGACUACCUCGCAGGCACCGCCCACUUCCGCCACGGCUUCCGACACUCCUUUGGUGUCUUCUUCCCAAGCACCGCCGACGACGCAAGCUUCGAGUGACGCCGACAUCAACAUCAGCGUAUCGCCGUCGACCGACACGUUGCCGACCCCCUCGACUGACGCUAGUACUGUGCCCACCGCUAGCUAUCAGCUGCAACUGUCGCUUAACCCUGAGCCGACACCGCUGACUGAAACCGACGUCCAACCUCAACCGUCGCUCCUGACUCAAUCGGCAGAGCAGCCGCUCCCGUCGCCGCUGAGUGAAGCUACCAUUGAGCCUCAGCCUUCACCGACCCAAUCUGUGGACUUCCAGCCGAUUCCUCUGGAUUCUUCGGCGGCCGACGUGACCCCGACUCAGUCGGCUGAGCUUCCGCCUUCAGUGCUGACUGAGCCGACGGUGGAAACGCCCGUGGUUUCGACGCCCGUGAUUGAGCCGUUGACGUCAGGUACUACUGAGCCUACUCUUGAGCCUCAACCCUCGUUGUCGACUGAAGCCACGUUGGAACCGCAGCCUUCGGUGUCCACUGAAGCCACUUUGGAGCCCCAACCUUCGGUGUCAACUGAAGCGACCUUGGAGCCUCAACCGUCCGUUUCGACUCCGGUGAUUGAACAUGACACUUCGGCGCUGUCUGAGCCUACUGUGGCACCGCAACCGUCGCCUUCAACUCAAUCGGAGGAAAUUAUCCCGUCGAUUCUGACGGAGCCUUCGGUCGAGCCUUUGACCUCAGUGCUGACCGAACCCACCGUUGAACCCCUUCCCUCAGUGCCUACUGAAUCGACGGUGGCGCCUCAACCGUCGACGUUCAGCGAACCGGAAGUGUUGCCUCUGUCUGAACCGUUGCCGCAACCGUCGCUGGAAACUGCCGUGGUGGUGCCGACCUUCAGCGAGCUGACUACUUUGGAGGUGCCCACCCCCUCGGCGCUGACUGAGCCGAUCGUGACGCCUCUGGUGGAAACCACUGCCACCGUCGAGCCGGUACCUACUACUGAGCUGGCUUCAGUGGUGCUGUCGGAGCCGGCCCCCAUUAUCAGUAACACCACCACUGAAAAUGUGGAAGUGCCGCCGCUGUCUACUUCGACAGUGGCUGAACCGGUGACUUCGGCUCAACAAGUGAUUGAACAGUCGACUCCUGCCACUACUGAGGAGGUGUCGCCGACGACGGUUGUGGAACAAUCUAAGGUGGAACCCACGCCUGAGUCGCAAGCUGCUCCCACUACCACUGAACAAGUUGUUGAACAAUCAACCCAAGCCGCUACUGAACCUGUCCCCACUACUACGGCCGAAGAACCAGUUCCCACGCUGUCGGUGAAGCCGGUGCAACCGCCUUACCAGUCGCUGAAUGACCAACAAUUGACGGCGUUGCCCACGGAACCGCCUACUACCGGUCCUCCCAUGCCCACCACAUCGACCAAGGACUGGUUGCCGUCACAAAUUGUGCAGGAAACCGUGGAAGAAGGCAUUGACACUGCUCUGGCGUCGCCGACGGCUACCGCGGCCCUUCCCAAGGCGAUUACCCCGCCUACGACCACGGCGCCCUCGUCUCAAGACUACCAGAUCAUUCACAUUGGUUUUAAGCUGCAGCUCAACUACCCCUUCGUGGUGGAACACUCGUUGCUGAGUGCCCAGAUCUUCCAGUACUUGCCUGGUGCUCUUACCUACCCUUUUGGUGACACUGCCAAGUACGCUGAAGUGGCUGUGAAGCGGUUAGUGCCUUACAAUGCGCCGCAAGUGCCGUACUACAUUACUGUGGCCGAAGUGUACUUCCCCAAGGACCUGGUUGACGCUCUCCAACAGUUUAUCCUGACGCCGGGGUCGCUUAUUUACCGCAACCCCGACCUGAGGGAGCAGACGCUCGCGCUGUUGGUGGAUCCCCGAGUCAAGAUUAACGACCCCACGUUUGGUGACGACCUGAUUUCUCCCGACAACAGCGAUAAGCUGCUGCCUACGGGGGUUAAUGGGUCGUUGGACCGCCCUCAGGUGUCGCUGGGCAAUUCAGGCAAGAUUGCCGGGAUCACCAUCGGGCUGGCGGCGGCGGGGGCCAUCUACAUCUCGUUGAUGUUCUUGUUAUUCAAGCGUUACAAGAAGAACAAGAUGGCGAUUGAAUUGCCUCCGCUGGACUCUGAGCUGAACUUGGGAGUGCAACUGCAACUGGAUGGGCUGCUGGGCUUCUCUCUGAUCUUCCAGCGGAUUAACCAAGCCGACGGCGGUGCCGCCCAACACGCACCGGGAACUCUGGCUGGAGACAUGUACGCUCCGGGUGCUGCUGCUAACAACCUGGGGACGAUGCACAUUUCCACUCCCGUCAACGCUCAAAACUCGCUUGGCUGGGCUCAUUAG